CACACACACACACGCACACAGCUGGUUAGCAACGCUAGCUAACGUUGUCUCUUCCCAGCUGACGGCGUUGUGUUUACAUUGUGUUCCCGUUCGUCCUGUUAUGUGUAGACGUGAUUCUCGUUGAAGAACCGGAUAUCUGCGUCCCUCCUCGGCUGACCGGGAGCCGCCAUGGAAUGCCGUGUUCUGUCCAUACAGAGCCAUGUAGUCCGGGGGUACGUGGGCAACAAGAGCGCCUCCUUCCCAUUACAGGUGUUGGGGUUCGAGGUGGACUCCAUCAACUCCGUCCAGUUCUCCAACCACACAGGUAAGACGGAUGAAACAUUAACAGGGUACACCAGAGACACCUCCUUCUUGGAGAUGGUGGUGGACAUUGUUCAGGAGCUAAAGAGAGCCAACCCCAACCUGGUGUAUGUGUGUGACCCCGUCCUCGGUGAUCAUGGAUCUAUGUACGUUCCUCAGAACCUGUACCCGGUCUACAAGAACAAGGUGGUCCCUGUGGCCGACAUCAUCACUCCGAACCAGUUUGAGGCCGAAUUAUUGACGGGGAAAAACAUCAGCACAGAGAAAGACGCUGUGGAGGUGAUGGACCUGCUCCACGCCAUGGGCCCAGACACGGUGGUCAUCACCUCCUCCGAUCUACCCUCCAGACUGGGAGACCGCUUCCUGGUGUCGCUGGGCAGCCAGCGCCAUGGUAGGUCUAACCAGAGGAUGGCCUGUGAGAAGACCUUCUCAGUGAUGCAUCAUGUUAUCCAGAGGACCAUUUCUUAUGCUCACGAGUUAGCAGGUCCUGGUCGGAGGCCCAGUCCGCCCCAGCUGGAGCUGAGGAUGGUUCAAAGUAAAGCGGACAUAGAAGACCCUGCUAUAGUUAUGGAGGCCAUCGUCAUAUCCUAACAUUACCGACACAUGAGACUCAUACUAACCUAGUCCUCUUCACCCAUAAAUCUCUCAAGUCCAGUAUCUCGGUGAAUCUCUCAUCGCUGUAAACCUUGUCAACACCUCAUCAUCCAGACUCCUCAGAACCCUUUAGUAUUGUAACCCCUGUAGUCCUCUCGGCCCAAACCCGUUACCCCUUUAAGUCCUCCGUGUCCUGACCCCUAACCUGUAACCCCUACGCCCCUCUACCCAAACCCUGUUUGGAAACUCGAGCCAUGGAUAGACAGAAGGCUUGUUUAGGUUGGACCUCGUCUCUAACCAGGUAUGUGAGUGGACUGCAGACCUGCUUCUGCAGACCUGCAGAAGCGCUGUGGGGUUUAAGUAUCCACAAGCAUCGCACGUAACAUGCAGCAUUUAAAAUACACACUGGUAAUACUAACAAAGGAAACAUGAGGGUGAUAAGGUGUAUUAGAAAAGAAUAUUCAGGGUUCAGUCCUUGGCACGUUGGAGGAAGUGAAGUAAUACUAGGACUAGUUCUAGUUCGUGCUCUAUGGAGUUCUCUAAGGACUCCUGCACACUGCCUGCGUGGCGUGGGCGUGUCAGCUGUGUGGCGUGUCUGUUUUUAUUUCGACUCCCAUGUUAACAGGUUAGAACUUGUACACCGCCUGCGUGACACGCACGAUUGAGCCC